GGGUGGGGAGGAGCUCGGCCGGGGCUGCCGGGGCAGCUGGAACUGGCAGUCGCCGGGAGGCUGGAGGCGGAUUUGGAGCUGGAAGCGAGCUCCGGGCCGGGCAGAGGAGGCGGCUGCGGUGCGGCCGCGGGAGCGCUGCUGGCGGCGGCUUCUCAGCGGAGCAAGUGCCCGGGCUGAGUUACUUAUGGAAAUUGUUGAUUACCUGGACAUCGUAGAGUCAAGGAAGCUGUGAACAGGUUCAUUAAGAAUCUGCUGUCUUGAAAAAUGCAUUUUAUGAAUGCUUUGAAUUAAGAAGGUGUUAACAGUGGUUUGUCAUUUCUGCCACAUAAGAAACUAUAAUCUGAAACAGUUCCCGGCAGUUACCCAGAUGCCUGAAACUGGCAAGAACUAGAACAGUUAGUGAUCAUCCUUCAACAAGAAAUACAGAUCUACCUAAGUACUGUAUAAAUGUAUUAUCUUUGAUGACAUUUAAGAUAAUGGGCAGCUUUUCUGCAUCUGCAUUUCAGAUACAGCAUUAACACCUGGAAAAGUAUUUCAUGUUAAUUGAAAGAUUGGGCUUUCUCUUUAGUUUCCAGAUGUAUUGUCUCAUCUGUAGACUUGAAACAUCUACAAUCACAUAAGCUCCAGAUACGACCAUGGAGUUGUAUGGCCCAUCAAGAUACAGCAAAAGUGUUGCUGAGCUUUGGCACCAGUCUUGUUUCCAUCAGUUCAACAAUUAAUGUAAUAUGUGCUCUGCUAAUCAAGAAUAUGGAGCCAAAGAAAGUCGUGCAGAUUCUGUUGCCAAAUGGACUCUGUGGCUGUAGAAUUUUACUGUGACUUGUUACUCUUGUCAUUUAAAGUCAGCUGAAUUUGCAAAUUAUGUCCAAAUGGAUAUAAAGACCUGUGUUGAUGUAUCCAUAUUCUAGCAAAUGUUGAAGAUAAAAACCCUAUUAUGACUAACCCUUGGGAAGAGAAAGUCUGCAAAAUGGCCCAAACGAGUUUACUGCAAGGGAAGCAGUUUUACUGUAGGGAAUGGGUUUUCCACAAGCUCCAGCAUUGCCUCCAAGAGAAAACAAACUGCUGCAACAGUGCUGUCAACGUACCACCCCUUGUGAUGAAUUCUGGGAAUAAUGCUAGUGCUGUCUCUGGAAAGGGAGCUGCCUGGGGUGUGUUGUUGACAGGAGGGCCUGGCAGUGGCAAGACAGCUCUGUGCACUGAGCUCUUGUGGCCAAGUUCACCUACAAGCUUGCAGAGAGGUUUACAUCGCCAGGCUUUGGCCUUUCAUUUCUGCAAAGCCCAGGACUCCGAUACUUUGUGUGUUGGAGGGUUUGUUAGAAGCCUAGUUUCCCAGAUCUGCCACAGUGGACUACUCCCAGGAUAUGAGGACAAACUGAGAGAUCCGGCAGUCCAAAGCCUCUUACAGCCUGGGGAAUGCGAGAGGAACCCUGCCGAAGCAUUUAAAAGGUGUGUUCUGCUCCCGCUCUUGGGAAUGAAGCCUCCACAGCAGAGUCUGUACCUGCUCGUGGACUCUGUCGAUGAAGGGUGUACCAUUACUGAGGGUGAACAGACAUCAACCAGCUUCUCGGGGACUGUGGCAGAGCUCUUAGCUGGUAACCAUGAGUUCUUUCCACCGUGGCUUUUGCUUCUCUGUUCUGCCAGGAAACAGAGUAAGGCUGUUACUAAGAUGUUUACUGGUUUUCGAAAAAUAAGUUUAGAUGACCUUCGGAAGGCAUACAUUGUCAAGGAUGUCCAACAGUACAUUCUUCAUCGUUUAGAUCAAGAAGAGGCCUUGCGACAACACCUUACUAAAGAAACUGCAGAGAUGUUAAAUCAACUGCACAUUAAAAGCAGCGGGUGCUUUCUUUAUCUAGAACGAGUUUUAGAUGGAGUUGUAGAAAAUUUUAUUAUGUUAAGAGAGAUUCGUGACAUCCCGGGAACUCUAAAUGGUCUCUAUCUCUGGCUUUGCCAAAGACUUUUUGUAAGAAAACAGUUUGCAAAAGUUCAGCCUAUUUUGAAUGUGAUACUUGCAGCCUGCCGACCUUUGACCAUAACGGAAUUAUAUCAUGCAGUAUGGACCAAAAAUAUGUCAUUAACCUUGGAAGACUUUCAACGAAAGUUAGAUGUCCUCUCUAAACUUCUUGUUGAUGGACUAGGAAAUACUAAAAUACUGUUUCACUAUAGUUUUGCAGAGUGGCUUCUAGAUGUGAAACACUGCACUCAGAAGUAUUUAUGUAAUGCAGCAGAAGGACACAGAAUGUUGGCUAUGAGUUAUACCUGUCAAGCAAAGAAUUUAACACCAUUGGAAGCACAAGAAUUUGCUUUGCACUUAAUUAAUUCAAACUUACAAUUAGAGACAGCUGAGCUAGCUCUGUGGAUGAUAUGGAAUGGUGCACCUGUCAGAGACUCUCUGUCUACUUUAAUUCCCAAGGAACAAGAAGUACUACAGCUGUUGGUUAAAGCUGGUGCUCACGUCAACAGUGAAGAUGAUCGCACUUCAUGCAUUGUUCGACAAGCCUUAGAGAGAGAGGAUUCCAUUCGGACAUUAUUAGAUAAUGGAGCUUCAGUAAAUCAGUGUGAUUCAAAUGGAAGAACAUUAUUGGCUAAUGCUGCAUACAGUGGCAAUCUUGAUGUAGUGAAUUUACUUGUCUCUAGGGGAGCAGAUUUAGAAAUAGAAGAUGCUCAUGGACAUACACCACUCACCCUAGCUGCUAGACAAGGUCAUACCAAGGUGGUUAAUUGUUUGAUUGGGUGUGGAGCAAAUAUUAAUCAUACUGAUCAAGAUGGUUGGACAGCAUUACGAUCUGCUGCCUGGGGAGGCCAUACUGAGGUCGUUUCAGCGCUACUUUAUGCUGGCGUAAAAGUGGAUUGUGCAGAUGCUGAUAGUCGAACAGCUUUGAGAGCAGCAGCAUGGGGUGGCCAUGAGGACAUUGUACUGAAUUUGUUGCAGCACGGUGCUGAAGUUAACAAAGCUGAUAAUGAAGGUAGAACUGCUUUGAUAGCAGCAGCAUACAUGGGACAUAGAGAGAUUGUGGAACACCUGCUGGACCACGGAGCAGAAGUAAAUCAUGAGGAUGUUGAUGGCAGGACUGCACUAUCUGUAGCUGCACUUUGUGUGCCUGCAAGUAAAGGGCACGCAUCAGUUGUUAGCCUCCUAAUCGAUCGAGGUGCAGAAGUAGAUCAUUGUGAUAAAGAUGGCAUGACUCCAUUGCUGGUAGCUGCCUAUGAAGGACAUGUCGAUGUGGUUGACUUGCUUCUAGAGGGAGGAGCAGAUGUAGAUCACACAGAUAACAAUGGUCGAACACCCCUGUUAGCAGCAGCAUCUAUGGGUCAUGCUUCAGUGGUAAACACACUUUUGUUUUGGGGUGCAGCUGUGGAUAGUAUUGAUAGUGAAGGUAGGACAGUCCUCAGCAUAGCUUCAGCACAAGGAAAUGUCGAGGUGGUACGCACUCUCCUGGACAGAGGGUUAGAUGAAAAUCACCGAGAUGAUGCUGGAUGGACACCUUUGCACAUGGCAGCUUUUGAAGGCCACAGGUUAAUAUGUGAAGCGCUUAUUGAACAAGGUGCUAGAACAAAUGAGAUUGACAAUGAUGGACGAAUCCCUUUCAUCUUAGCUUCACAAGAGGGUCAUUAUGAUUGUGUUCAGAUAUUAUUAGAAAAUAAAUCCAACAUUGAUCAAAGAGGUUAUGAUGGAAGAAAUGCACUGCGGGUUGCUGCAUUAGAAGGACACAGAGACAUUGUUGAAUUGCUUUUUACCCAUGGAGCUGAUGUUAAUUAUAAAGAUGCUGAUGGGAGGCCCACACUUUAUAUCUUGGCUUUAGAAAACCAACUUACAAUGGCUGAAUAUUUUUUAGAAAAUGGUGCAAAUGUAGAAGCAAGCGAUGCUGAAGGAAGGACAGCACUUCAUGUUUCCUGCUGGCAAGGCCAUAUGGAAAUGGUACAGGUGUUGAUAGCCUACCAUGCUGACGUCAACGCUGCAGACAAUGAAAAGCGCUCUGCUUUGCAGUCUGCAGCCUGGCAGGGCCACAUGAAAGUGGUUCAGCUUCUGAUUGAGCAUGGUGCAGUAGUUGACCAUACAUGUAAUCAAGGUGCAACUGCACUCUGUAUCGCAGCCCAGGAGGGACACAUUGAUGUUGUGCAGGUGUUACUAGAGCGUGGUGCAGACCCAAACCAUGCUGAUCAAUUUGGACGCACUGCUAUGCGUGUUGCAGCCAAAAAUGGACAUUCUCAAAUAAUUAAGUUACUAGAAAAAUAUGGUGCAUCUAGUUUGAAUGGCUGUUCUCCCUCACCUGUUCACACAAUGGAGCAAAAACCUCUACAAUCAGUGUCAUCAAAAAUGCAGUCAUUGACAAUUAAGUCAAAUAGCUCUGGCAGUACUGGCGGAGGGGAUAUGCAGCCUUCACUACGUGGCUUACCUAAUGGACCAGCUCAUGCAUUCAGUUCUCCAUCAGAAUCUCCAGAUUCUACCGUUGAUCGGCAGAAGUCAUCAUUGUCAAAUAAUUCCCUGAAAAGCUCAAAAAAUUCAUCUUUGAGAACUACUUCAUCUACAGCGACAGCUCAAACAGUGCCAAUUGAUAGCUUUCAUAACUUGUCAUUUACAGAACAAAUUCAACAGCACUCGUUGCCACGCAGUAGAAGUCGACAGUCAAUUGUUUCCCCAUCUUCCACAACACAGUCCUUAGGACAAAGUCAUAACUCACCGAGUAGUGAAUUUGAGUGGAGUCAAGUGAAGCCCAGUUUGAAGUCAACUAAAGCAAAUAAAGGGGGAAAAUCAGAAAGUUCUGGUAAAUCUGGAUCAGCUGGGAAAAAAGGUAAACAAAGUAAUUCCUCACAGCCAAAGGUUUUAGAGUAUGAGAUGACUCAGUUUGACAAAAGAGGACCUGUUGCCAAAUCUGGGACUAGUGUACCCCCUCAACAAGUGCCAGCAGACUCUCAGUGCAAAAUCAUACCUUCAACUCAGCAGGAAAUCGGCCGAUCUCAGCAGCAAUUUCUCAUUCACCAACAAAGUGGGGAACAGAAGAAGAGAAAUGGCAUAAUGACAAAUCCAAACUACCAUCUUCAGAGCAGCCAGGUUUUUCUUGGUAGGGUUUCAGUUCAACGGACAGUACAGGACAGAGGGCCUCAGGAAGUGUUGGAGGAGUACCCUUCCUCAGAGACAGACUUAAACCUUAAGCAAGCCCUGAAGCUGCAGAUUGAGGGUUCUGACCCAAGCUUCAACUAUAAGAAGGAAACCCCCCUAUAAAAGUUUCCUGUUCUGUGAAACAGAAGACAUUGUGAUUGAAGUGGUUCUUCAACUACUGGAUGAAAACAUAAAAUGCCUAUUGAUUUGAUGAAAUAAAAGUGAAGAAUGUAAUAUCUGCAGUACAGUUACCUUAAUUACUGUAAUGUGCCUAAAGAGUAAGGCUGCCUUCUCAAUGUAAUCCUCUGUGCUUAAAAAGUUUUUUUGUGUGCUUUGUAUUCACAACACGGAUAAGCACUUUUAGAAAAAAAAUGCAGGUGUAUACUGCAGUUCCCCGAUAAAGCUGAAAAAAUUUUGAGUAAAGUAUUUUAAGUUAAGAUUUGAUAAAUGUGCAUGUGCCAUGGUCAAGUGUAUGUGAAAAGGCAGUGUUCCUUGUAUUUAUUUUUUUUCUUUUUGUGGCAGAAGAAACUUAAUGCAUAAUGUUUCAGUCACAUUUGCAUUGUAGUGUGUGGCCUGUUUCUUGUAUCUUUAAAAAUGUUGCUCAAUAAAAUAAAUCUUGCAAUGGUUUUAUGUUCACUACACCUUCAGCAUUGGAUAAAAGUUUCUAUGUAAAUGCCACAUUGCGGUAAAAAAAAUGGUUUCUUGACAGAUUUCAAAAAAAUAAUUUCUAGUAUUAGGGAGCUGCUUUAAGUAGUUUAAAUCUGGAUUUUCUCAAUAGAAUACUCCUCAUCUCUGGCUAAAAGUGUCGAAACAAGCAAACAACCCGACUGUAGGCAGAACAGAGUUCCAUUUCAUUGGCUGGGAUGCAAUUUCACCUUCCACUCACUUGUCAUUCCACCUCCAAGAAGACAGACUAUCAUUCCUGAGGCAUGAAUAUUCUCAGGGACAAAGCCAUGCCUCAGUCGCAUGUGUGUGCAGAGGGAGAUGCACCUGUCUAUCCAAGGGUAGAGUUUUGAUCCCUGAACUAUUCAUUGACUACCCUUAUCUCUUCCUCACAGCUAACUGUAAUUCAUCAUUGUAAACAGUAAUGCUGGCUUCUCUCUCAGCUGUUUGUACUUGUAAAUCACUGCAUGACCAAAACAGCCCCACUGAAAAUCAGUUGGUUAAAUUUAAUGGUUCAGUUGGAUGAAUAUUCUUGAUGAAUGUAAUAUGUGCUGUCCUUCACAGAUGACGCCACUAAUGCAUUAGCCGUAGCACAUAUGUAUUUUUAACUUUUUUGACAAAAGUGAGGGAUUCACCCCUUUCUAUCCACAUACUCUUUCCUGUUUUCUUCUUUGAACAGUUGCAUGGAGGGUGGCUGAAUGCUGAGGUAAGAGAAGAAUCAGUAACCUAGGAAAUUACACUUGGUUUAAAUGAAGGACUCACAGCCCUGGCGUCCUGAAUGUAUUCUAAACCAGUGAAGCCAGCUUAGAUGGGUCAUAUAUAUGUUUGGAAAGGCUGACAAUGAUUUAGAAGCCGAAGUUUGGAUUUGGUUUGUGGAUGAGCCCUGGUCCUCUUACAGACCCGAGAAAUUCUGUUGUUUCCAUGUGCUGUUGAUAAGGAGGAAUGAGGAAAGAGAAUUUGGAGAUUCAGCACAAAACCAUUGCUACUACUGAAAAGAAUCCUUUAAAUAUGUCUUAGUAACAGAGGUCAGUAAUGUCAUCAAACAUGAAGGACACAUAUGUAAUGCUUUGUUCGUAGACAUAGAAAUGUGUAAUUGGUUAUGAUAAAUGUUUCUCACUUGAACCUAUGUGUAAGGGUUUUCUUGCUUUUAUUUUUUAAAGUCAGCAAAACUCAUUUUGUCUAUGUCAUCUGUAAGUCAUAAUCAGGACAAAGAUGAAAAGUUGAUCAGUUCAAUCAAAAUUAAGGUGACAUGGCAAUAUUGAUAGCUCGAAUGUGAAUGUUUCAAGUAUUGAACUCUUGUCCCUAUGGGAUAUUUAUUAAAUACACUUAAUAGGACUCUUGCAAAGUAGCCUUAAAAGUGUUGAUGAUUCUAUUACUAAAUAUGAACACAUACUAUUAUUAGAGCCAACUUUACUCACAUCUCAGAUACAGUACAUUUACAUUACUGUAGAGGAUGAAGCGCUAAUUUCUUAUUAGGUGUAUUUUUUUCUUAGAGAACCCUGAAAGCUGCCAGUUUUCUAUUAACCUUGAAUUAUUGAAAUUGUAUUUAUUUAAUUUUAUUGUUUUGACAAAAUUGCACCUUGUGACCAAAGGGCAAAGAUAUGGCUCAUUGCAUUAGGGAUUUAUGUGUUCAAAGAACUAAAUGUUUUCAUAUCCCUUCUUUAUACACUUGGAACAGUUGGUAGGAAGAGAGCCUGUUGGAAAAAUAUGAUUUUCAUAACUAUUUCUCUGCGUGUUUUUAUAUAAAUUAUGUUUUAGAACAGAACAAAAGUGACUUUCAGUUAGGAUAAUGAUAAGGGUGCUGGAAAUGCCCUGCUUUGCUUAUUUGUUUCUGUGGGGGAUUUACUACCAUGACUUAAAAAAUGGCUUCUGCUUCAUACGAAACUCCUAAAUAGCUAUUUUUGAAAUUGAAAUAUUUAAAUUUUGUAAAUCAGCUGUUGCCACUACACAACUUAGGAUGCCAUGCGCUUACAACAUUUUUAUAACAUUCCAUCAUCCCCAUUCCCUUGAAGUCAUGAUUUGCUAAUAAGGGAAGUUACAAAAAUACAGAAUGAAAAAUAAAAAUCUGGAUAUUGGUAGGAAAGGUUUGGGGAGGAAAACUGACCAGAAAUCAGCGUGCAUUGCAGAAUGCAGCCAAUAACUUUUGAUCCUCAGCCCCACUCCCACCCCUACCAGAGUGCUUACCAAAAAUAGUUCACUACUUAAAACUUAGAGUAAAUAUUUUUCUUCAUAUUGUUUUGGCUAUGCAAAUGUUUGUUUUGCUUAAUGUCCUCCCAUUUACACUUUCAGCAAAUGUAGUUGCAGACAAAUGCUUUUCUUUUUCUUUUUCCCUUGGUUUGGGGUAUGUAAAUAGCCUAAAAUGUACAUUGAAUUUCACAUUGUAAAAGUUUUAUUUUAUUCCUUGUAUUAUAUUAUGCAAAAUCCCUGUGUAUAUGAAAGUGCAUAAUAAAUAUAUUUGCUUUACAGAAGAAA